AUUCAGGGUAUUUAAUUUACCAAUUUAACUAUCGUUCUCGUACAACGUUCAGUCCCAAUAUUUCACACACCUCACAUUUCAAAAAAGUAUUCGACCACUUGUUAUUUUCAAUUUUCAAUUUUCAUUACCGGCGAAACCCUAACCGUGGUUCAGUGCAACUUUUCCGGCGACAAAUUCACCGGCGAGAUGUUUACGCCGCAGAGGAAAACAUGGCCUGCGGGAAAAACAACAACAUUCACACCGCAUCGAGUCGGUGCUACACCUAAUUCUGGCUUCACACCUUCCGCAAAGGGAAAGGCCGUCGUCAUCGCCGAUGAACCUCCUCCUCCACCAUUGGGAUCUCUGACUGAAACCAGAGGCGAGGCGGUGGUAGGAUUGGACUCAGGGUACGUUGAAGACUGGAAGAAGUUUAGAGAGGUUGGAUUGUUGGAUGAAGCGGUGAUGCAGAGAAAGGAUCAUGAAGCGCUAUUGGAGAAAGCUUCGAGACUCGAAAGAGAGCUUUUUGACUAUCAAUACAACAUGGGCCUUCUGUUGAUUGAGAAGCAAGAGUGGAGUUCCAAGUUCGAUAGGCUGAGGCAAGAACUAGCUGAAACUGAGGAGGUUUUAAAACGAGAACAAUCUUCACAUUUGAUUGCAUUAUCUGAAGUUGAGAAGCGGGAGGAAAAUUUAAGGAAAGCAUUGAGUACAGAAAAACAGUGUGGAGCUGAUCUUGAGAGAGCUCUGCGUGCAAUGCAAGAAGAGCUUGCCGAAGUCCAUUCUUCCUCCCAUACAAAGCUAGAUAAAGCAAAUGCAUUGGUGGAUGGAAUUGAAGAGAAGUCUGCAACGGUUAACAAGAAAUUGCAUGAUGCAGAAGCUAGGCUUGCUGAGGUUAACCAAAAAAAUACAGAGCUAGAUAUGAAAUUGCGAGAGUUGGAGGUUCGCGAAAGUUUGCUUCAAAAGGAGCGUUUGUCAGUAGCUACCGAUCGAGAAUCAUUUGAAGCAGUAUUCUACAAACAAAGGGAAGAUUUAAAGGAGUGGGAGAGGAAGCUAAGGCAAAGAGAGGAUUUGCUAUCGGAUGGAAGGCAAAAUGUUAGUGAAAGAGAAAAGAACGUGAGUGAAGCAGAGAAAAACCUGAAGCAGAAAGAGAGAGACCUAGAAGUGUUGGAGAAGAAAAUUGACUCAGCCAAUUCUUUAUUAAAAGAAAAGGAAGUCGAGAUAAGUAGAAGAUUAGCUGAUGUAGAUGUAGAAGAGAAGAAAAUAGAUUCUCUAAAGAGCAUGCUGGAGAUGAAAGAGAAAGAAUUACAUGCACAGGAACUAAAGCUUAAUGUCAGAGAAAAAGAUGGGAUCCAGCAACUUCUUGAUGAGCAAAAGGAGACUUUGGAUUUAAAGUUGCAGGAGUUUGAGCUUGAAAUGGAGCAAAAGCGAAAAUCCCUGGCUGAGGAGUUUAGCAGCAAGGAGGAAGCCUUGGAGCAUAGGGAAAUUGAAGUCAAUCAUAGGGAAACUAAGGUUGGAAAAGAAGAGCUGGCUUUGAGUAAAAAAUCUGAGAGAAUAAAGGAGCAAGAUAAGGAGCUUGAAACAAAGUUGAACUCUUUGAAGGAGAAAGAAAAGACUUUGAAAAUAAAAGAGAAAGAUCUGGAGAAGGAAAAAGAGCAAUUGCUUGCUGAUCGGGAGAAUUUGGAGAAUUUAAAUGUUGAACUUGGGAAGAUUAAAGCUGAGAUUUCUCAGCAGGAGCUUCAAAUAUGCCAAGAGACUGAAAAUUUGAAGCUUACUCAAGAUGAGAGGGCAGAACAUUCUCGUUUGCAAUUGGAACUAAAGCAGGAAAUAGAGCAUACCAGAAUGCAGAAGGAAUUAGUUAUGAAGGAAGCUGAAAACUUGAAGGAGGAGAGACUUAGGUUUGAGAAAGAAUGGGAAGAACUUGAUAAGAAAAGAGUUGAAAUUAGUGGAGAACAACAGGAAAUUGAUAAGGAGAAAGAAAGGUUGAAAAAACUGAAGAGCAGUGAAGAAGAAAGGUUGAAAAGAGAGAAGCAAGAUAUGGAAGAUCAUUUAAAGAAAGAGCUGGAAAAGCUUGAAUUGGAUAAGGAAUCGUUUAAUGAUUCAAUUAAACAGGAGGAAUUUCUUUUAUCUGAAAAGGUGAAAAAUGAAAAGGCACAAAUGCUUCAAGAUUUUGAAUGGAAGUCAAGAAAUCUUGAGAAUGAAAUUCAGAAAAGGAAGGAGGAGAUGGAGAAUGAUCUGCAGGAAAGAGAGAGAAAAUUUCAGGAGGAGAUGGAAAGAGAGCUUAAUAAUAUUAAUAUCUUGAAGGAUGCUACUGAAAAGGAAUGGGAAGAAGUAAAGUCUGAGGGUACCAGGUUAGAGAAUGAGAGAAACGAACUUGAGACAAACAAGCAACAGCUAAAGUCUGACCAACGUGAGAUGUAUGAAGAUUCUGAAAUGCUUAUGAAUCUUAGCCAGAAAGUGAAGAAAGAACGUGAAUGCCUUGUGGCUGAAAGAAACCAUUUUCUCGCUUUUGUUGAGAAACUCCGGAAUUGCAAGGACUGUGGGGAAGUUGUUAGGGACAUUGUUGUGUCUGAUCUUCAGUUACCUGACAGUAAAGAAAGAGGUGUUCUUCCCUUGCCUAUCUCCCCUGUUUUGAAUGAUACACCUGUUAAGAACACAGAGGACAAUGUUAUCACUUCUGGCUCGAACUAUUCUGAAUCUACAGGGCCUGCUGGAUCUACAAGAGGUGUUCUUCCCUUGCUCCGCAAAUGCACGUCGAUUUUCAGUUUAUCCCCAAGUACGAAAACAAAUUCUGUUGGUACUUCAUAUAUGGCUGGGACAUCGCCGGAGGUUGAUGUGAAUGUUAAUAUAGAAAAAGUAGAUGAACCCGUGUCAUCUCCUAAUAUAGAAGGACCUAUAAUUACUCUUCCAGAACGUCAAGUAGCAGGUGGAGUGGCGCUUCACUCUUCUAAUACACCACACCUCCAAUCUGAUAACAUUGUUAGAGACGUGAAUAAUGAAUACUCUUUAUCCGUAGAUGAUCACAGCUACAUGGAAAGUUUGGUAGGUGGUGAUCUUGACGAUUCUCAGCAGUCAGUCCCAAAGGUUGGUCGGCGAAAACCUGGGAGGAAAAGCAAAUCUGGAAUUUCUAGAACACGCUCAGUGAAGGCUGUGGUUGAGGAGGCCAAGGAGUUCUUGGGAAAAAACUCAAAGGAAAUAGGAAAUGCGAGUUUGCAGUCUUUCAAUACUGAUCAUAACAUAGAAAACAGUCGAGAAGAGUCCAGUCACACUGAAAAAGCUACUGGUAACAAUACAAGGAAGCGGCAACGUGCACAAACUUCCAAGAUUGCAGAAAGUGAACAGAAUGCUGGUGAUAGCGAAGGACAUGCAGAUAGUAUCACAACUGGUGGGCGCAAGAAGAAAAGGCAAACAGUUGCUCCACCCACACAAGUUACUGGGGAGAAGCGAUACAAUCUCAGACGGCAUAAGACUGCAGGCACAGUUUCAUCAGCACAGGAGUUGUCCAACGGAACAGAGACUGUGGAAAAAGAAGCUUCCGGUGAUAAACAGGAGGCGGGUAAUAAAAACCCUGAAGCAACAGUAGCUGAUGACAGUAUGCAAACCACAGCUCUAGUGCAGGUCUCAACAGUGUCCGUGGAGUUCAAAGAUGAUCGAGUUGUAAGGUUUGAAAUACCAAGAGACAACAUUGAUAACAAUGGUGCUACAACCAACCCUGUGGAUCGUGUUGAAGAAAGUGGUACAUUGGAAUAUGGAGGUGAAGAUGGAAGCAUAAUCAAUAAUGACGUUGAAAAUGAGGAGAGGGAAGAGGACGAGGACGAGGAGGAGGAUGAAGAAGAGGAAGAGGAGGAUCCUGGUGAGGUGUCUAUUGGAAAGAAGAUCUUUAAAUUUUUCACAACAUGAUGGAAGUAGUUAUAUUUCCGUUUGAUAUUACAUCAUUAGAUAUACAUACAUCCUCAUUCCUUUUAAAUAGGAGUGGGUUAACUUCCAUGUUUGUUUUGAGAUUUAUUAAUGGAAAGAUAAGAAGCAUUGUUUUC